AUGAUCACCUCCAUAGAUGUGGUGCACGAGCUGCUGACGACGAUUUAUAGCAGCAUAUUCUCGCGAAGCAGCAAAGACAUCCUCAAGUACGACGUGCUUCUCUACCUGGACGACUACUACUAUUUUGACAUCGUGCGAAAAGUGAGCGAAGACAUAAACGAGUUGGACCCCGACUUGUGUGUCCUACAAGGGGAGGACGACUUUAACCAAAUCUUCAUGCAUUUCAGUCGAAGCAGGAACUACAUCAUUAAAGAUAAGGCAUACGAGAAUGAGAGCGAACGGAGGAUAGACUUUCUCCACGAGGUGCUGGCCGAUCUGCUUUGUUUGCUAUAUGAGAAGGGAAAAAAGGGCACGAAGGAGGUGAGAGCCAUUACGAAGAGGGGGCACAGAGAGAAGGACACAGACAAGGAGAAUACAGACAAGGAGAAUACAGACAAAGAGAAUACAGACAAGGAGAAUACAGACAAAGAGAACACAUACACGGAGAACACAACUUGGGAACGAAUAAAACAGGAGUUAGCCCAGAUUGAAAUGUUACGUGGAGAGCACACAAAGGAGGGUGUAUCAGGGUCCCCCCACGUGGCCACGUUAACUACCAACCCGAGUGGUAAUCUGGACGAGACGUACAUCAGGAAAGUCCUGAACAUCCCAAAGGAGCACUUCCAAAAUGAAGACAUCAUAAUAAAGCAAACAAUAGACAAAGAGACAGAACAAAUGGUAAACGAACUGCUCGAACAUCUCAAUGUAGAAUAUCAGAUGAGGUACUACUACCUCUUUCUAAAUCACUAUCUAACGAUGCAGACAUUGUUCAUGUCCCCCUUAAUUGACUUAACCUCUGAGGAGUUAAAAAAAAUUGUAAAUAGAAUUGUGCAUAUUAAAAGAAUGACUUACAGACCUGUUACUAUAUACGAUGUGCUCUCCUUUCAGUACAGCAACAUUUCAUUCUUUAAGUCUUCUCACGACAACUUACCUUCUCCAGUGAAGAAGGUAAAACUUGUUGGGGAGACCAUCGAACGUGGAGGCAUACCCACUACCUUUUCGAAGAAAGUCAUCAUGAAAGAUGUGAUCAGUGCAAACAUUUCCCUGAAGGAGAAGUACAGCAAGGUGAAACGCCACAAUGAAGGGAACUUCGGGGGGAGGUACAAGGCUCGCAAUUAUUACGACUCCUCCAGGAGCUUGAUGAUAACACAUCUGGUAAAGAUGGGACGAAUUGUCUCCCUGCUGUUCACUCUGGCGGGACUCCUUUUGCACACACACAAUGCAACAGUUUGUUCUGAGUAUCAUUUGGGAGAAGCGGUGAGGAAGGAGGCCUGCAAGUUUCGUCGCAGCGGAGGAGGGGGCCACGGGGUGAACUUCGCCAGCACGACCGGGAGGGGGAACUCCCUCGUAGAAGCGAAAAUGGAAAAGGAGCAGGACUACUUCACCUUAAAGCUAAAUGAACACAAUUUCAGGUGGAGUGUACCCCUCUUGAUGGGGUCGAAGAAGAAGCCCCUUCAGUUGGGCGUCGUCACGUCCACCCCUAUAACCGCCCUUUACUGUUCCUAUAAUCCGAGUCCGAGUGACGAAAUGAAGGAUUUAAAAUAUGAAGUGAACGAAUCGGAAGAUGUGAAAUAUAUAGGUUGCAGAAGUAGGCAGUGCGCUGCCGUAUCCCAAGGCAGUUCUUGUCACCCGAUUGACCAUUUUUUAAAGAUGAUCCAUGACUUUGGAUUGAGAAAAAAAAGUUGCCCCAAUCGAUUUUGUAGCUACAUAAAUGAUAUGAACUUUCUAAAUGUGGACAGCAAGUUGGACAAGAGGAACAUGUCCGUGUGUUCGUUUAGCUCAAGUCUUGAUUCGGAACACAUAGAGGGUUUCUAUAUUAGAGAUUCGUUUUACCUGUACGAUACGGUUCGAUGCUAUUACAACUACUUCGGGUGUGUAACACAGAGUGACGAAUUGAAGUUUAAUAAUGCUAUUUCUGGUUUUAUCGGAUUAGGAUAUAACCGUGCAGAUGGUGCUCCUCACUCCGAACAGUCCCCUUCCAUGUUGCAUACGUUGGUACAGAAGUCCUUGUCUAAAAAGAACAUCUUUGGAUUGUGCUUCGUUGAAGGAGGUGGUUUUGCAUCCUUCGGUGGAGUAGACAAUGAAGCAUUAAGGAAGGUCCCGGCUGUAUCCAAAUUGCAGCUGAGUUCCCAACACCUCGAAGCAGAUGCCCCGCUAGAACUUCUGGAACAGAAGCAAGCCACUUCCCACCAAAUUGUGUGGCUCCCAUAUUCAGCCACUUCCAAAGACACGUACAACCUUCUCAUGAAAGAAGUCAACAUGGUGUCGGGUUCGAAUCGGCUGCAGAGUGAGAAGGGCCAGCUGGCUGUCGUCGAUUCAUACAGCUACUUCCUAUCCUUCCCAGCCGAAAUCACCGCCAAGCUCAAGACCGCCGUGUACAACUCAUGCACUGGCGAGGGCAACAGCUGCUCCGAGAUCAUUAGCAAGGGUGUAUUCACACUGAAGAACCAAGGCGUGGCACACUUCCCCACGGUGGAGCUGGUCUUCUACGACGGGAAGGUGCUGAUCGAGCCCAAGGACUACCUAAUCCACGAAGGCGACGGAGUGUAUAGAGUCCUGAUCAAUUCAGCGGGAACCUUCAAAUUGGGGAUCCCCUUCUUCCUAAACAAAUAUCUCAUCUUCGACAAUGAGAAUGGGAAGCUGGGUGUAGGCCCAUCUGAUUGCAGCUUCAAAAUGAAGGGGACUCAUCCCGGAGUCGACUUGAGGACGACGGAGGCGGACGAGAGGGGGGACCCCGAGGAUGAGGACUCGACGAAGGAAGGCUUCUUUCAGGAAAACAAGUUCAUCAUACUCGCGCUCACUUCUUUAAGCGUCGUGGGGGCCAUUGUCGGGGGCGUCUUCUUCUUCUGUUGA